AUGGUUUGCUGUCAGAACAACUCACCAGGGCUAGGGCUUUGUGGAUUCGUGAAGUCGGAAGAGAAGCGAACGGCGGCAACAGAACGAACGAUUGUGGCGGUCGAUACACACUCGUCAGCUGGCGCCUCAGCCCCAGUGCGCUCCCUCGCUCUGUUGUUUUCGCACUCUGCAGCGGUCCAGCUCGCCGUCUCGCCACAAAGGCCCCGUCGAUGGCUACAAAGCCUGUGGGGGCCGGUACAGGCCAGCCUUCUACGAGGCAAUACGUAG